GAAACCUCGAACUCGACCGAAUUGAAAGCAUGCUCUAAACUAAAAAAUUAAAGUAAACGAGACACAGCAGAAUGAAAGAAAGGAUUUAUGGCAAAAGUCAAGAAGGUUGGAAUGAUUAUCCCAAGACAUUCUAUCACUGCUUAGGCAUAAUACAACUAGGCCUUCAUUAAACCAACAGUAUCUAUAGGCAUGAAUCGACUAGGCCUUCACCUCAGGCCAUGGAGCAUCAGCUUAUUAAAGCUUCACAUGCUAACAAAGAAUUCGGAGAGAUACCUCAGUAAAGUUCAUCAAAUGUUCAUUAAUAAUGGACUGAUGACUUUUUCACAAACAAACAAGAAAAACUUCACUAUUCAGUGGAAUAAAGAGCUUGAUGAGAGAGGAUAUGAAAAACUUGUGGGCAUGUUUUUAGAAAUUGAAAGCGAAAACAAAACUCCUCAACUCCUGCAAUUUGACAGCCUUGUCAGUAAUUGGGCUUUUAAUACAAAACGUCCUGAACUUGCUGAGAGAUGGUUGAACUUUCGAUUGCAAAAAGAGUGUUCAAGAGCUGUAAAAGUAUCCUUAGUUCUUGAUUACAUAAACUCUUUUACUGGUUUGAGACCUGAAGAGAUUGAUGAACAAAAAAUUAUAAAUUCAGUAAGGGAAAUCAAAACUGAUAUAAUGAAUACUGACAAUAUCACAUUUGCCAAGGUAAUCCCACCUUUGUGUAUGACAAGUGGAUACAAAUCCUGCAUGGAAUUGAUGAAGGAAUACACAAAAAAUUUUACGAAAGAUGUGUACUUGCUGCCAAAAAACUUAGCAUAUCGUCUUCCAGAUGUUGUUGAUGCUGCCAUUAGAAAAGAUGACUUCAAAUUUGCUGCAGAAAUCAUUAGAGAACAUAAAGACAUUGCAAAUCAUUUUUUAUUUAAACUUUGGAAAGGUCUUCUCAAACAUUCAGACACGCUUUCAGUUGACCGCAUUUUUGAACUCUUCAGUUCAGUAGACAACUUCAACCUUCCACAUUCUAUAGAGGAUGAUCUGCUGCAGAUUUUAGAAAAAGAUCAGAAACAGUGGAAGGUUUUCAAGGAUCCCUCGAUAAAAGGCAAACACUGUGAGAACUGUGGAGAAAAGAUUGAACCUCACGUAUUUGAUGGAGAAGGCAUAGAAAUGAUAAAGACCAACAUAUCUGCAACUUUGGAUAGACAUAACAAAGAUCGCUUUUCAACUUUCUUGCAAUUUUUGCACUCUCUUGAAGACAUCAAUUAUGUAGUGGAUGGAAUGUGGCUAAAUCACCAUUUCAUUAUGAAAGAAAAAAAGACAUUUCAUUCAACAAUGGAAUUGGAAGACUACCUCCACCAAUAUUUACCUGGCAGAAAGUUGAUCAUUGCAAGAAAUGUUUUCUUCCAUCAAAAUGAACACAUUUUUGAUGAUCCAGAUGUUAUUGGAUUCCCAGUGAACUAUAGCGAUGAUGAGCGUAAAAAAUCUGCUUCGAGUUUAGAUGAUUUGUUUUUGCUGUAUGCUGCACUUCAAUUCAACCAAAGCUGUUAUAUUGUGACUGGAGAUUAUAUGAGAGAUCACAUAUCUAAAUUGAAAGAAAAUUUAACUGAACUUUGCUCCAGAUGGAUUUUGUCCAAGUCUAUUAAGACAUUUCAGAGAGUCUCACCGAACACUUGGGAACUUCCCAUUACAGCUAAGCCUUUUGUAAAGACAGAAAAGGGAUGGCACAUUAGCACUUCAGAUAGAAUACAUUCACCUAGAGUUUGGUGUAUCCAGGAAUGCAAAUAAAAUCAAAUUAUAGUAAACAAUCUUGUAUUACAGGUAAUGCCAAUUAUUCAAUUAGAUAUCCCAAUUUUUUUUUGUUUUUUUUUUAAUGGAAUAUAUAUUUUAUUCAAUAAAUUACAAAACAUCUCCGCAGAGACCCUCAGAUUUAUCGUCACCUGGCGAGCCAGGGGCCCCCUGGAUCAGAUAAGUUAUAGUUUUAUACAUACAGUUUUAUACAGUCUUAUAUCAACAUUCAACAUGGAUUUGCCAGGAGAUGCAUGUAUAAAAAUACAUAUAUAUUUUAAAUGUGUAAACAAUGACUUUAAAAAUGAGUCAGUGGGGGACUCAGAAUAAAGUGUCCUUAGAGACCCCUACUAGUUAUGUUCCAAAGGCCGGGUCACCCUUGGAUUAUCAUUAUUAUCAGAUACAUUUAAGCUAAUAGCUUGCAUGAUCAUUGUUUUAAAAAUUGUUUGUAAUAUCUUAUUCAUUAAAUCACACUCAAAUAUUAUUUCAUCAUAAACUAUAUUCAAUAAUAAAAUGCAUAAAAAAUCAAUAAACAGAUAAGUUUUAUAUGAAACUACUUAUAUGUUUUAGCAAAGAAAUAAAUUAAAAUAUUUAUUAAUA